CAUUCAACGCCGUCACCCAACUUCCCCAUGCUCGCCCCGUCCCGUGACUAUGCCCGCUGAGCAACGCUCAAGCCGCCUCGACCGUAGUCCCACAUCCCCCGGAUCCCGAUUCUUUCGAGACCUCCCGACCAUUGCAGAGAAAGCCGGCCUCAAACCGGCCACCGUAUCCUCUUCAUCCACACAGAGAUCCACCACCUCCCACCCCUCUCAGAAACACGCCAGACCUCAUCGACAUUUCGUCACUGCCCAAGGGGUCCCUUUCGUCGACUUGACGUUAUCAGACGACGACGACGACGACACACCGGUAUUUACUAAACCCGCCGCGACUCAGUCAGGCGUUAUCGACUUCACCAAUACCUCGGACUCGGAAGACGACGAAGACAUAAAACCAAUACCCAUAAUGCCACCCAAGAGCGAGGCUCAGCGAAAACGGGAGAUGGAGGAAGACAAGCGUAAAGGCCUGAAUCAGUCGCGCCUCUCUUUUGGCGGAAGACCCGGGGCUGGCAGUCGGCCGCUGAGCUAUUCCUCCAGUCAGAGGUCUUCUGGAUCUCUGGCUCCCACACUGGGGAGCUCCCCCUCGCCUGCUACUCGCGAACCCCUCACCAACAAAACUUCUACCCCUAAAGUCACAGCGCCAUCGGUCAUGACUAAGGGUAAGGGUAAGGAGCGCGCUGAUCCGCCCGCUUUGUCGUCUCAAACUGCCCCUCCAGGUUCGACUAGUCAGUUGAAAAAGAAUCCUACACCUUCCCGAGAAUCGAAACCACAGCCGACCGUCAGGUCCUCCUCGUCGAGGUCUAUCCAGAGCCUUCCGCGCUCCCAGUCGUCUUUCUCUCUUCCCGCCAACGAUGCCACCCCGUCUCCCGAGCAUACCCCUACUGAGCUCCAUGGCGGGAAACCCAAGUCAUUCGAGCCUGCUUUCGCGGCGGCUGCAAAGAAAAGUAACGGUAUAUUCAAAACUGCCAACGACACGAAGGCCUAUGCCAAGUCAUCGCGCGCGGUCAGCAGAGCAGACUUGCCUACCACAACUGCCCAAGACUCCCGCAAUGCCCUGCCCACUCCUGCGACCCCGCAUGCGUCAAGACAGAAUGCGAGCCCUGAAGCUUCGUCAGCCUCCCGCCGCCGUGCGUCUGAAGCCCUGGAUGAAAUAGAGAGUAUGCGUCACACUCGCGCCUCCAGCAGACAGAAAAGCACAGAACCUACCCAAGUGACCUCCAGGCCUACCCGAGCGAGGCCAGUGCCGGGUGCGUAUGAGAUACCCUCACUCGACGCCGCCGAAUGGCCUACGGUGCCCCGAUCAACUCCUGUCACGACGCGAAAAAAGAGAAAGGUUGAGGGCGUAAAGAGGGAAGUCGACGUGAUAGCGGAAGGGGUGGAUGAGAAGAGGGCCGAAGAAUCUCGCAAUCGUGAUCGCGGUAUAUCUUGUGUCCACAGUCUUGGUGAAGAGCUCUCGUCAUCUCCAGAGCCUGAGAAGCAACCGCUCGUUCCACUUUCGGCUGUACCUGGGCCACGCACCCCCACCAAGCGUGAUGCCAGAAAGGCGACUUCUCGGUACACCACUCCGCAAAGAUCCAGGGCAGCUGUACUCCUUUCUAGCCGAUCCUCUCAAUCUGCACCUAACAAGCAGCGUUCACCUCUCAAGUCACCUUCGAAACUGUCAAACAGUAUCACUCUGGGUGGAAGCAGCUUUGAAGAGGUCGAUCAAAUGCUACCGCCAUCCAGCCCUCUGACUGAGCUGACUGAGCUGUCUGACGAGGAGGAGGACGAGGAGACAAAGACCCCUACCAAGCCUCCGCCCUUGAGUGUGCAACCUGCGACACCUAGGGCGUCUAUCCCCAAGGCUGAAUCGGUGAAGGAGGUCCAGGUGGAGCAGCAGCCAACUGAGGUCGAGGUCGAUUUAGAUGAUAUCGAUCUCACCGAGUGGGACAAUUUUGCCUGGUCGGCCAAGCCCGAGGCGCCUACUACUCCAGUCAAAUCUGAUCCGGGAUUUUCUACCUCAUCUAAGCGGGCAUCCUCAGUGGCCCAAGUCACACCAAGACGAUCCUCAAGCAAGCGCGCGAGCGCUGGGCUGGUGCUUCCCGACUCUGUAAAAAAGAGAAAGGUGGAGCAGGAAAAGUGGGACAGGAUAGUCGAGGAGACCAGAGUCGCGAAAGAGGCAGAGGAAAUGGAGCAGCGCAAGAAGGAAGAAGAAAGUGCAAGGAAAAUUGAAGAGAUUGUUGCCGAGCAACCUGAUCAAGACGAGGAAGAGGAAGACAUGGGUGCUCUUCUAGCUGGUCUGGAACAAUCGCCUCAAAAGGCAUCCUCUCCCAAUCUUCCCGAUGUUGUUCAAUCUCGUCAAGAAGUCGUCAAUGCUCGGAGAGAAGAGCAGCGCCUCAUGAAAGAGGCCAGGGAUGCCGAGAAGAAGGCUGCGGCCAAGCGCAAGCAGGAAGCAAAAGAGCGUGAUCAGCAGCAGCGACGGUUUGACAGGACCUUGCAGGGUAUCAAAACCAGCCGAGAAGAGGAGGCUGUUUGGGAUGAGAUUGACAACAGUGAUGAUUCCGAGGACGACUUGUCUGAUGUGGGAACCGACGAGGAGCUUCAUCUGUCUGAUGCGGAUGAUCCCAUGGAGGAUGACGAGCGGGAAUUUGACCUGGACGACGUGGCCGCCCAAUUGAAAAACAAGGGAUUAGCGGUGGAUGAUAAUCUGCUGAGAGAUGCGAAGAAGGGUGUCUUCCAAGCGGAAGCGCCUUUGAAUUGGGAUGGGUUCUGGGAACCAUCUUUCAAGAAAACGAUCGGCGGUAUUGAGAUUCCUGAACUGGACAUUGCAAGCUCGGACGAGUUCAUUCGCGAAAUCAAAGAGUGUUGUAGUCAGCGCGAUAUAUCCGCUUUGGCUACUAUCGUCUCGUCCGGAGGGCUCAACCUCAUCAACAAGGAACACGAUUUGAGUGUUUGCAACUGGUUGUUCAAGUGCGCCCUCAGUGCUGUUGAUGCCCGAUGGGCUUCUACCGCUGCUACCAUUCUUAUACAGUGGAUCGGCACUCGCUCCCCUCCACUUGCAGACUCACUUGUACCUUGGACUGCCCUCAUACUCUCUCAGCUUGGCGCCAGAAAGUCGAUUCUUGCUUGUCAAGGUUUACACGACCUGUCUUCGCCCAUGGUCAUUUCCAAGGAAAGAGAUCAGGUCUGCAUUCAGCUCCUGAGAGUUCUCACUUGCGUCUUGACCAAACAACUCGGAAAGACGACUUUCUCCCGUCGCCUCCUUCCUUCGCUUCUUCUACUGGGUAUCGACACCAGCUCAUCAGAGGCUCUCAGAAGCCAUGUUGUCGACGCCGUUCGAACUGUACUUGUGCAUGACGGAAGACAUGUACGUGGGCUACAUAUAUCUCGUAUAUCACCUAGCUGAUACACACCAUUGCACAGAGACUUGAUGAUGAGCCUAGAAUGAUCGCCGCGCAAAUUGUCAAGAGUACAGAGUCGUAUGGACCUGAUGUGCGAUGCGCUGUCCUCCGAUUUCUUGGCGAAACCACAGUCGAGAGCAGGGAUGUGUACACGUGGCUGGGUGCGGAGUAUCUCUUUGAGAGUCUCGGAGCCGGGAGUAUCUUGGCUGAGGUCGAUGCUAUGACCAACAAGCCCUCUGUUCCUCCUAUCACGAAAGUAAUCCCGGUGGUCGACCAGUUUUCUGACUCUCUGCGCCCUGCUCCAACCGUCGAGAUUGACUGGGUCGUCAAGAACAUUGAGGUGACCUUUAUGUUUGCGACGAUCAACAAUCCGGCCAAGAUCCUUGACGCUGUACCUCCAAAGCUCAGCUCGGACGAAUCGGGUCGGGAUUUGAUGCAGAAGCAUAUCAUGGCCGACUUUCGGCAUUCGCUCAAGGCCAGCAUGGACUCCAUUCCUGAUCAAAGUGACGGGUCUAAACGACCUACGGUGAAAGCUAGGCUUCACGAGCUUAUCGAGACGAUCGAUCUGCUGUUUGAGGAGGAGACGUCAAGGCGCAUUCGAGCACGUAAAUUGGGGCCGGGACUCAAAUUCGGCAAGAAUGGCCAAUCACGGCUGAACAUGUCAAAAGGCAAGGGAAAAGCAGAGGUGUGAUGGAUAUGGUGAUUUGUAUAGUACAUCAGACUGCGUACCGUGUAGGAACGGCUUUGUAUUGAGCGUGGAAUCUCUUUGCUUCUCGUAAUAUCAUGUAUAGACCUUGGGUUUGACCACAUGACAGA